UCACUACACACCGAAAGGAUAACAUAAAACCCAAGAAGCAGAAGCACCAAGAAGAACCGGAAAAGAAAUCCCUAAACAUGCAUAAUUAGAGCGGUUUUUUGUAGCUCAUUUCAGUUCAAUUUUCUUAAAAUUUUGAAACUGGGAGUUUGGGAAUGGCAACAGGAGGAUUGCUUCAUUUCACAAAUCCAUUGUCUUCUGUUGUAAACCCCAACAACACUUAUAAAAAACAUCAAAUUCUCCAUAACCAUCGAGGAAGUUUCUGUAAAAACAACAACUUAUUCUCUGCCCAGAACUGCAAAAGGAGGAGGAAAGUUAGGGUUAUUGUUUGUAAAGCAUCCGGAACACAACAGUCGAGAAGAGGAGGAGGAGUUGAUGCUGAUAUUGAUGUCGGACAAGACCGUCUUUCUAAGGUUCCUAUAUCAAAUAUCAGGAAUUUCUGUAUUAUUGCUCAUAUCGACCAUGGGAAGUCCACUUUAGCAGAUAAAUUGCUACAGGCGACUGGUACUGUACAGAAGAGGGAAAUGAAGGAGCAAUUUCUGGAUAACAUGGAUCUAGAGAGAGAGAGGGGUAUCACCAUCAAAUUACAGGCAGCUCGAAUGCGCUACUUUUUUGAAGACAAGGCGUAUUGUCUAAAUUUAAUUGAUACUCCUGGGCAUGUCGAUUUCUCAUAUGAGGUUUCUCGUUCUCUUGCUGCCUGUGAAGGUGCUCUUCUUGUGGUAGAUGCUUCACAGGGAGUGCAAGCACAGACACUGGCAAAUGUUUAUCUGGCUUUAGAAAACAACCUUGAAAUUAUCCCUGUUUUGAACAAAAUAGAUCUUCCUGGUGCUGAUCCAGAUCGUAUCGCACGAGAGGUUGAAGAGAUUAUCGGGUUGGAUUGUAGUAAUGCUAUUCGCUGCUCAGCUAAGGAAGGAAUAGGUAUAACUGAGAUUCUGAAUUCCAUUGUGGAAAAAAUCCCUCCCCCUCAGGAUACUGCUGAAAAUCCUCUAAGGGCUCUUAUUUUUGACAGUUACUAUGACCCAUACAGAGGUGUCAUUGCUUAUUUUCGUGUGAUUGAUGGGAGAAUAAAGAGAGGUGACAGGAUAUAUUUUAUGGCCAGUGGGAAGGACUAUUAUGCUGAUGAAAUAGGGGUUUUAUCACCCAAUCAAUUGCAAGUUGAUGAACUGUAUGCUGGUGAGGUGGGUUACCUUUCAGCAUCUAUAAGAUCGGUGGCUGAUGCAAGAGUGGGUGACACUGUCACAAACUAUGUUAGAAAAGCUGAAAAAUCCUUGCCUGGAUAUGAGAAAGCUACACCGAUGGUCUUUUGUGGAUUGUUUCCAGUUGACGCCGACCAGUUUCCUGAGUUGCGAGAUGCAUUAGAUAAGCUGCAACUAAAUGAUGCAGCCUUAAGGUUUGAGCCUGAGAGUUCUAGCGCAAUGGGAUUUGGAUUCAGAUGCGGGUUUUUAGGCCUUCUUCAUAUGGAAAUUGUUCAGGAAAGGCUUGAGAGGGAGUACAACUUGAACUUGAUAACUACUGCACCAAGUGUCGUAUACCGAGUGAAAUGUGUCAAUGGUGAUAUCGUUGAUUGCUCAAAUCCGUCGGUGCUUCCUGAACCUGGAAAGCGAAAGUCUAUCGAGGAACCAAUUGUGAAGAUUGAAAUGCUUACUCCAAAAGAUUAUAUUGGUUCUCUAAUGGAACUUACGCAAGACCGAAGAGGUGAGUUUAAAGAAAUGAAAUAUAUAACCGAGAACAGAGCGUCCCUCGUCUAUGAAUUACCCUUAGCAGAGAUGGUCGGAGAUUUCUUUGAUCAGCUCAAGUCCAGAAGCAAGGGAUACGCUAGCAUGGAGUACUCUUUCAUCGGGUAUCGAGAAAGUGAUCUGAUAAAACUUGAUGUCCAGAUCAAUGGUGAGAAAGUGGAACCUUUGGCAACCAUCGUCCACAAGGAUAAGGCUUAUUCCAUAGGGAGGGCGUUGACACAAAAGCUUAAGGAGCUUAUACCACGCCAGAUGUUUAAAGUACCCAUCCAAGCAUGCAUAGGUGUCAAGGUGAUUGCAAGUGAAACCUUAUCAGCCAUACGGAAAGAUGUUACAGCCAAGUGUUAUGGUGGUGACAUUACAAGGAAGAAGAAGUUGCUGAAGAAACAGGCUGAAGGAAAGAAAAGAAUGAAGGCAGUUGGUAAAGUUGAUGUACCCCAAGAAGCCUUUAUGGCUGUUUUGAAACUUGAGAAGGAGGUGUUGUGAAUACUUUGUAUACGUUUUACCUUAGUAUAUAACAUGCUUCCCCUUCUUAGCCAAGCGGGGAGCCAGAGCCGUCUUAUGGACCAGGCCAGCUAGGCUAUUGCCUAGAGCAUCACAUUGUUAGUGCCCAAAAUUUUAUGUUUUCUUGCAACUUAGAUUUUUUAGUUCUCUUAUAUAGUGGUCGACUGUCCUACUAUCUAGUUGUAAUUGAAUGCCGUUUGUUUUGUAUGUACAGCGUAGUGCUUUCAAUCUUAUUUAGUCAUAUACUUUUGUACACUUUAUAACAUUAGGAUUUCAAAAUAAUUUGGAUAUCCCUCUUCCAGUAAAUUCAUAAAAAUUU